GUUGCUAGGUUCCGCCUCGCGGGUCUCGCUGGGUGGCCAGAGUCAAGUUCCCAAGCCUCCUGAAGGAAGGGUCUGGAAUCCCCCGUCUUGGAGACUAUAGGCAUUCCCUUCCUACCGCCUUUCCCUUCCCGAAGUCAGAGGAUAUCCCUAUUCCCAGUCCCUCCCUCGGAAGCACCUUCCCCCAGCCCCUCUGGUGGUGCCCCGACCCUGCAGCCAGCCGCGCAUCAGAGGACGACGGAAGAGCUUCCCGGCAGGCGAGGCAAAGAGCCGACAUGUCGAACGCAAUGUAUAAUAAGAUGUGGCAUCAGACCCAAGAAGCCCUCAAUUCUUUGCUUGAUAAAGAAUCUCAGAAUAUGAUGGAACCACAGAGGAAUCAAGUGUUCAUCUUCCAGAUGUUAGCUACCUUCUACAUAAAAUACGUGCAGAUCUUCAGAAACCUGGAGAAUGUCUAUGACCAGAUAGUCCACCCACAGAAACGCAUUCUGAUCCGGAAAAUCCUGGAUGCAGUGAUGGGUCGCAUCCUGGAGCUGAAGAAUGAGAUGGUUGAGCUGGAAUUAACUGAGUUCCAUUACUUUGAUGAUAUCUUACAGGAUCUAAAGUUGGCACCUCAACAGUUAGAUAUCCCCAUACCCAAGUAUUUUUUGAAGGAGAAGUUGGAAGUCAUAAAAGGAAGAGAGAAAAUCCUUUCUCAGAUAUUAGCAGAAAGUGGAUUAGGUGUAUCUGCAAAGAAAUACCAAGUAAAGCCUAUCCCCCUAGAAGAGGCUGUUAAAUUGAUCCAGAUUGCUGAGAGGGCGCGGCAAGGGCGCCUGAGAGCCAUGUUCAUGAAGCAGAUCUACCUGCAAGAAUACAGAGCCAAGCAAGCCAGGUUACUCGGUGAUAAAGUGGCAGAUGUGAGCGCCGCUGCACUGAGAAUCCAGAAGGUUUGGCGAGGUUUCCAUCAGUGCAAGAGAACCGAAAGAGAGAGAGAAAAGGAGAUGAUAUUUCUGGGUAUGAAUCCACCUCCUUUGUUUAAUGAAGUCAGUGCUGCAAUGAUCCAGGCUGACAAGCUGUCCCACCUGAGGAAUAAGGUGCAGAUAAAGCACGAAGAGGAAUACAGAGAUGCCUUAGUCACAAUCAAGGAUGACCUGAAACUCACAGAGGGUCCCGACAUCAAGGAGAACCUUCAGGAUCAGAUCCGUCAUUGGUUCAUCGAAUGCAGGAACUUAACGGGCACUUUUCCUGACUACCCUAACGAAGAAGAAGGAGGUUCUGCUAUUAUUUUUUCCAAUAAGACCCCACAACAGGUUAUUGAUGAUAUUAUUGCAAGCCAAGACGAAGAGGAGAAAACCAAAAAGAAGAAAAAGGAAAAGAAAGAAAAAAAAGUAAAAAAAGAAAAGGAAACGAAAGAGACAAAGGAAAAAAAUAAGCAGGAAGAAGAUGAGAUGUGGAAAAUGUCACCGAGCGUUUUCCUUCACACGAUGGAGGAAGGAAAUAGCGUCUACAAAGACCUGUGGAAGAAUAAAGACGAAUCGUGGAAUUUCCCGCAGGACUAUGACCCUGAACUGAUUAAGGAAGACAAGCGGAAGGAACUGGAGUCAGAGAUCAGAGUGCAGGUGGAUGAGCUGAUGAGACAGGAACUAAAAAACUUGAAACUAGCUGUGAGCAGAGAGAAGGAACUGCCGGCCAGAAAAGGAAAGAAGAAAGGAGGUAAAAAGAAAAAUAAGAAGAAAGGCAGAAAAGGGAAGAAGGAUAAAGACCUGACUGUGGACAGGACCAUUGAGUCUCUGUAUAAGGAACUCGUGGAAGAAGGCUUACUGAUCGAGGCACUGAAAGUCAACCUCUCAGAUUACAUUGGUGAGUACAGCUACCUGGGGACGAGCCUUCGCCAGGUGUCCAUAGAACCCAUGCCUUCCCUCCUGGAUGUCCGACAGCUCAUCACCCUGUACGGGAUCCUGCCUCUAGGCUCUGCAGCCGUGCACGAGAAAGCCCCUUUGGUGAAGUCCCUGCUGUUGGCCGGACCAUCUGGGGUGGGGAAGAAGAUGCUGGUCCAUGCCAUCUGUACCGAAACAGGAGCCAACCUCUUCAACCUGUCUGCUGCCAACAUCACCGGGAAAUACCCCGGCAAGAGUGGCCUCCAGAUGAUGCUGCACGUGGUCUUCAAGGUGGCCCGCACGCUCCAGCCCUCCGUGGUGUGGAUCGGAGACACAGAGAAAACCUUCUACAAAAAAGUGCCCCACGCAGAAAGGAAGAUGGAACCUAAGCGCCUGAAAAAGCAGCUUCCCAAAAUGCUGAAACUCCUGAAGCCAGACGACAGGAUUCUAAUUGUGGGGACCACAAAGCGACCUUUUGAUGCAGAACUUCAGCCUUUCUGCAAAGCUUACCAAAAAAUUAUUUUGGUUCCCAGACCAGACUACGCUUCCAGAUACGUUCUGUGGAAGGAGAUCAUUCAGCGACACGGCGGCAUCAUCACGGACACCCUGAGUGUCAGUUGCCUGGCGAAGAUCACCGACGGCUUCACACAGGGACACAUUGUCCAAGUGGUGAAGGAGGUGCUCACGGAGCGGAGACUCCGGCAGCAGUCCCACAAGCCGCUCACCGCCCUCGAGUUCGUCACCUCUCUCACCAGCAUGAAUCCGGUCUACCAGGAGGAAGAAGACAGCUUUAAGGACUGGUAUGCCAAGACCCCUAUGGGUAAAAAGCGAGCCUUGGCAUUAACAGGAGGCAACAUAGAAAAUGAAAAGGACAAAGGAAAAAAGGAGAAGAAAGGGGAAAAGGAGAAAAAGAAAAAGUAAUGCCUUUCUGAGGAGCCAAGGAUGCAGGUGUCUCUGACUUGGCAGAGGAGACUCACCACUGUGCAUCUGAAGACCUGCGUUGAUGCCCCACGCCCAUCAGCCCUGCUCCCACCCAGGUCUUCACAGGUUGACCACCAAGUUAGCUGUCCAUAACAACUAUUUCUGCAGCUUGUAACUGUUUCUUAGCCUAUGUAAAGUUUGUAUAUAACCCAGACUCACUCUUCACAUACUCCACAAUCUUUCCAAGUUGGACACUUCAUCUCAACAGUACUAGUUGCCAGAUUUAAAUGUUGAUAGUUAGAAAAUAUUCUAAUUUGACAACUAGUAAGUUCAGUCUGUCACUGAUACUACUAGGUUUUUAUUAACUCAUGUACACGGUAUAUUAUCUUGCACAUAUUUUAAUAAAUUAAUUCUUUGCUCUAUUCAUAUACUUUAAUGCAAUAAAAACUUUUUUCU